UUCAGAAACCCUAAAAUCCCGAUUCUUGUAGCAAUUUAGGGCAAUGAAAUUAGGGCUUUGAAAAUAGAUCGAAAAACUUUCAAUUAAUCGAUCAGCAUAAUGAAGAAGGGUGGAGGAAAUUCAGAGCGUAAUGAGGAUAAAGGGAGGAAGGUGGGCGGGCAGGAUGUGAUCAAGAACAAGAAGAAGAUGAAAAAGAAUAUGCAGAGGUUGGGAGGGAGAGGCGGCUUGUCGCUGGAAGCAUUCACCAAUGCGAAGACUAGGAAUGACAAUUACAAUCCUGCCAUUUUCAAGAAGCAAAGAGAGUUCUACAGAAAUGCUAAAUACUUGCAGAAAUAUAAGAGAUCAUUAAAGCAGCAACAGCAGCUGGAUGUUCCAUGCACAUCCGAAAGACCAUCAGAGGGUGAAAACGAAACCAGAGAAGGUGAUAACAAUGUUAACAAGAACAAGAGAAGCAAGAAGACUGCACAAAGUCUUCAAGAGUUGUAUCAGAAGAAGCGUGAGGAGGAAGAGAAAGCUAGGAUGGAGCGGGAAGCCAUGAUUCAGGCAAAGAAGGAAGAGCAGCAAAAAGCUGAAGCUCGAAGAAGAGCUCUCAAGGAGAAAAUGUUUAAGAAAACAAAAUCCGGUCAACCCGUUAUGAAAUACAGAAUCGAGCAUAUCUUGGAAACAAUUCAAGGUCCAAAAAGCUAGUGCGUUAACCCCUUUUGGUUUGUUAUGUGUGAUGUCCCUCCAAACUCAACUGAGGCUUUAUAUAUUGUAGCUUUUACUGUUAAAAAUACACGGCCCAUGUCACUGUGAAAUUAUACAAAGAGCGAGAUUAUAUUCUGUAUACAAAUUACAAAGAGCGAAAUGAUAUUCGUGAACUGCCCCUAGCAGUGUCCCUCUUA